AUGGCCCAGAGAUUUGACUUUCCAAUCUGCUCAGGGAUAAAUGCUUACACCAGAAUCCAGGCGCUUCGUCUUGCCCAUCCCCUCAUCUUCUACCUCAAUUUCGAGAGCGGUACGUAUUACUACUCCGAACAGCCCAGCGGCAAGACCGAGUUUGAUGAAGACGGCUUCCCGCUCCCCGUUGGCCAACCCACGCAAGUCAAGGUUGAUGUAUCUGGAUGGUCCCUGGCGUUCUUUGUGGACUUUCCCUUCAAGAGAAUGGCUACUGUACCAGAUAAGAUAAGGAACACGAUUGAGCUUCCUGGAUCCUACAGUGUGAGUCAGCUAUUGAUUGACUUCGGAACUCCUGAGAUACUCAACGUUGCUUGGGACCACUGCAAUACCCCUGGCGUGCCAGAAACCCAAAAGGCUACGUGCCGGGCCGAAAUACGCAUGUUUUUGGAUGCACCAUCUGAUGGGAAGACGACAGAGCAACGUCUCGAGGACAUGUCCGAGAAAGCGCCUCAUUUCCCUCCAACCUCAGUCAGACUGCAGACCAUCAAUUAUCGACCUGAUGGCAAGAAAAUCCAAGACGGAGGUGAAAGGAGUGACCACAACGCUUUUCUCUUCACAGAAAUGACGCAUUCCCGAAAGAUGCCCAACCAAGACCUUCAGUGGUCAGGCGAUUGGUUCUACGGCGGGAUCGGCGGUACCUUGGCAAUGUCGCGAGGGAUCUUCCUUGACCAAUAUCUAGCUGAGAAGCUUCAGCCCGCUAUGUCUGGUCCCUGGAGAAUGGCCAAUCACAUUGGAAACACUUGCACCGAAUCCGAUGGUUACACCCUCAAGGUCCAAUUCAGGGGUGAUAAGGAGUGGGUCUUGAAGAGACCGCAGGAUGCGAGCCUGAACAUGGAGAGAGGUACUGGGGCUCAAUUGGCAUAG